UCAUGACGUAAGAGAGCACGCAAUUUCUCGCCCCGUCUCCUAGCGUGCUUACGUACACAGACUAUUUUCUCGCCUAGGUAGAGUGGGUGAGAAUUUUCCCUUUGGGCCUGACGGUGAUCGGUAACAACAUCGGCGUCGCUUGUGUUGGGCAAUCGUCUCUCGUGUAGUGUUGUACAGAUGCGAAUUUUUCAGUUCCUUCUUUACAUGUAAAUUGUUCACCGUAGAAAUCAAUACUUAGCAGUACUUGGCAACGCGUGUCUACUUAGUUGUCGUAGUUUCAACAUGAUGAGAAUCUUCGGCUGUUUCUCGCUUCCUUACAGAGUACAAUUUCGUCGAAUCAACAUCGCUUUUAUCUUGUUUAUUGCGUGUUGUGGUAUCGGUGUUGUUUUGUAUUUUUCGGCAAACGGCAUUGUUGGAUCGAACCCUCAGUUAAAUACCGAAUUUAAAAAGACUCUUCGGGUAAAAUACGUCAAGCGAGUUGGAAACUACAGCUCGGCGUGUCGACUGCCUAAUCUGGAUCCGUUUCAUCCAAGCAUACUAGAAUUUGUGAAAGAUCUCGGCAAGUUACAGUGUCAAGGGGAGAGAUAUUCGACUUUUAUAAACAAUGUGCUUGAAGUGAAAGGAGAUGGAUUUGCUGCUGUACAAUACAGAACGAUUGAAAGACCUGACGGAGAUGAUUUCAACGUUACCUUGUCGGCUCCUAAGAGGUUGCUUAACAUAGCGGAAAAGACGACGGAAAACCCUGCUGAUGAAGGUCUCUUUAGAAGAUUCUGGAACUGGAUUACAAGAACAAGGAAAUUUCCAUUUUUGGGAAAGGCAACAGUGAAAGCGGACUUCGUUCGAGUGGAUGUUGUCACCACAAGAGGCAGGAAAUGGAGUGACGUACACAUGCAAAUUUUUCCAAAAGAAGAGGUCGCCACAAGGCCUGUGGAGCCUGUUGGUAUUCCACUUGAUAUUGCUCUUAUCAUGUACGAUUCCACCUCGGCGGCUAAUUUCAAAAGAAAGAUGCCUAACACUUUGGAAUACUUGACCAAGAACCUCAACUCCAUCUUGCUAGAAGGCGAAACAAUUGUCGGCGAUGGUACCACAGCUCAAUUGUGUGCGAUGCUUACUGGAAUAGCUGAAAAGAAACAACCUGAGGCCAGACGGGGCGAGAAUUCAUCUGACACAGUCGAUAAAUGGAGGUGGAUUUUCAGAGAUUUUAAACAGAAGGGAUAUGCUACCUUAUUCUCAGAAGACUCGCCACUUUAUGCAUCAUUCAAUUACCGAUUGCACGGCUUCAGAGAUCCGCCUACAGACCACUUCGCCAGGCCAUUUUGGUUGGAAGCGGAGAAUAUUAUCCAAAAGUACUGCAUCGGUGGCAGAGCUGCUCAUAACAUCUCCCUGGAGUAUUUGUUGAGUUUCUUCCGCGCUUACAAAGACAAGCCAAAGUUUUCUUUAAUAACGCAUGCUGUUAUUUCACACCAAGAUCUUAACCCGAUUGGUUAUGUUGACGAUGAUUUGAAAAGCGUGUUACAAACCAUGAAAAACGAGAACUUUCUCAAAAACACGAUGUUAGUUAUCUUUGGUGACCACGGAAUCCGAUUUUCUGGUCUGAGAAAAACAAUCCAAGGUAAAUUAGAAGAACGUCUACCUUUUAUUUCACUCACACUUCCUGAAUGGUUCAAAGAGAAGCACCCAGAUCUCUACAGGAAUCUCGUCCAUAACUCCAAAGUAUUAACUACGCCCUUUGAUGUGUACGCCACAUUUCGUCACAUCUUGUCUUACCCAAGUUACCCAGCCAGCGAAAUUACAACCGGUCAAAGCCUGUUUAGCAAGAUUGACGGGAGCAACCGCACUUGCGAAAACGCGGGUGUCGAGGAACACUGGUGUCCUUGUCUGAACCUUGAAGAAGUUUCUACAGACGAACCCUUAAUCAAAGAUCUGGCGCUAUUUGCAGUCAAGUACAUGAACAAUUUGAUGUUCCAAAACUCCCAGCUGAAGAAGUUGUGUCAGACACUUGUUUUAAAGGAAAUCAAUAGCGCAUUUCGUGACAUGCCAAGCCAAGAGAUGCAGUUCUUUUCAGAGAGUAAACGUGACGAGGAAUGCGAUUCGUGUGGAGUACUAUUUGGUGAGAAAUCUACUAAUACACUUCUCGGUGACACAUUAUAUCAGCUGCAGUUUACAACAUCACCAAAUGAAGGAGUUUACGAAGCUUCCGUCAGGACCAAGAAAGGAGUUCCUUCACUUGCAGGCGAUGUUAGUCGUAUUGACGCUUACAAAGACCAACCGUACUGCAUUGCGAAGAAAUUUCCACUUUUACGGAAAUAUUGUUACUGCCAUUGAAAGCCUGCAAAAUAGGUGAACCUACACAAACGGUUAUAGAAUAAAUAUUUUGAACACUGGA